AAAACCGCGCGCGGGCCGGGAAGUUGUGUUCGAGUCGUGGCGGGGGAGUAUUCACUGGGGAGGUUGAGCCAGGUCCGGGAAGUCUCGCCAUUGGGUACCAGACUUGCUUUCGGGAUCUUGUGGAGGUGUUGGGGAGACAGCGGCACCUCUCUCGGGAUGCUGGAGACGUGGGCUUAAGAUGUUCUCCCAGGGUCCGGGCAGCCUAUAGGCGUGGGGUUCGAGCUUGUUUUGAGUGUGGGGUUAUGGGACGAUUCUGAAACGUUCCUGGGAGAGAGGCGGAUUUGGAGUGUUCACAGGGAUGGAACAGCACCAGAAUGGACACGGGAAGGAACCCCUGGUACUGUGUACAGAGUCUGCGGGGGACGUUUGCCGGGACCCUGGCCCCACCUAGCCAGUGGCAUGUCGGCCACACUGGAUCUGAAGUCGAAGGAGGAGAAGGAUGCCGAGUUGGACAAGAGGAUCGAAGCUCUUCGGCGAAAGAAUGAGGCCCUCAUCCGGCGCUACCAGGAGAUCGAGGAGGACCGUAAGAAGGCUGAACUCGAGGGAGUGGCGGUGACAGCGCCCCGCAAGGGCCGCUCAGUGGAGAAGGAGAAUGUGGCCAUUGAGGUGGAGAAGAACCUGGGGCCCUCUCGGAGGUCUCCUCGGCCCCCGCGGCCCCCGGGGGCCAGCAGGGGAGGCCGGGCAGGCGUGGGCCGGGCGGCCCGUAGCUGGGAAGACAGUUCUGGGGAGCAGCCUCGAGGGGGAGCUGGGGGCCGCGGCCGGGGGUCCCCUCACCUCUCUGGGGCUGGAGAUGUCUCAGCUGCCGACCGCAAAUCUAAGCAGUGGGAGGAGCGGCGCCGGCAGAACAUCGAGAAGAUGAAUGAGGAGAUGGAGAAGAUCGCCGAGUAUGAGCGCCACCAGCGGGAGGGCGUGCUGGAGCCCAACCCCGUGCGGAACUUCCUGGACGACCCCCGGCGGCGCAGCGGGCCCCUGGAGGAGCCUGAGCGGGACCGGCGGGAAGGCAGCCGCCGGCAUGGGCGCAAUUGGGGGGGGCCCGACUUCGAGCGGGUGCGCUGCGGCCUGGAGCAGGAGCGGCAGGGCCGCCGCGCCGGGCUGGCUGGCUCGGGCGACAUGACGCUGUCCAUGACGGGCCGGGAGCGGUCGGAGUACCUGCGCUGGAAGCAGGAGAGGGAGAAGAUCGACCAGGAGCGUCUGCAGCGGCACCGCAAGCCCACCGGCCAGUGGCGGCGGGAGUGGGAUGCUGAGAAGACUGAAGGGAUGUUCAAGGACGGCCCUGCCGCUGCCCUCGAACCAUCCCACCGCUAUGAUGAUCAGGCCUGGGCUCGGCCCCCCAAGCCCCCCACUUUCAGGGAGUUCCUGUCCCAGCACAAAGCAGAGGUCAGCCGCAGGAAGAGGAAGAGUAGCCGACCGCAGACCAAGGCGGCCCCUCGUGCCUACAGUGACCAUGAUGACCGCUGGGAGACGAAGGAGGCAGCGUCCCCAGCCCCUGAGGCCCCACAGCCCCCUCCACCAACGGAGAAGCCCUCGCAGCCACUGGAGACCCCAGCUCCUCCUGCCCACCGGCCUCCAGAGGACGAGGGGGAGGAGGACGAGGGGGAGGAGGAGGACUGGGAAGAUGUGAGUGAGGAGGAGAUCGAGGAGGAGGAAGAGGAGGCCAUCGAGGAGGAAGAAGAACCAACCCAAGACCACCGCCCCCAGGAGGCUGAGCCCACCGGAAGCCCCACCGGUGAGCAGGCUGCCAAGGAGCCCCCCAGGCCAGAGGAGCCCCUGCUGCUCCCCCAGGCCCCUGCCACGCCUUCUAGCCCCUUCUCGCCCCCCGGGGGCCACCAGCCCGUGUCUGACUGGGGUGAAGAGAUGGAGCUGAAUUCUCCCCGGAACGCCCACCCGGCCGACGCCCUCCCCCUCUCUCCGGGAGGUGACCAGCCAGCCCCUGCCUCCCUGGAGAGUGGGCCCCGCCUCCCAGGAACCCCGGAAGCCGAAGAGGAAGGGUCUGAGGCAGCCUCAGAGGCGGGCACCGAGGGCCAGGAGACCGCGGAGAUCACCGACUUCCAGAGGGCCUCCCCGAAUUCCUGAAGACGCUGCUGGGAGGGGACUGAAGCUUCCCCGCCUUGACGGGGAGGGGGCGGCAGGAGGGGGUUCGUCUGGAUUUCUAGGCGGCGCUCUCUCCUUCCCGGAGACCGCUCUGGAUCCCAUGGCUUUAGGGAGAGGGAGAAGUUGAGGGUGGUGGGGAGGCCUUGGGGAAGGGGCGUGACUGGGUUACGGGGCAGAGCUGGAGCUUCGGGGCGUGGAGUUCAGAUUUCUGGACUCGAGGUACGGAGGAGGUGCCGCCAAGGGCGUGGUUAGCGUGCCUGGGCGGGGCCACCAUUCUGGCGGGUGGGGCCAGAGCGCCGGCAGGCCUUAGAUGUGGGAGGGGGCCACGACAGCCGGUUUAGAUGCGAGUUCCUAACGCGGGUGUAGGGGGCAGCUCUCGGUGGAGGGCGUGAUCACUACGGUGCUAGAGCCAAGGGAGCGAGGCGGCGGGAAGGUGCGGAGCCUGGAGUAGAGAGUGUAAAUCCAAGGAGAGGAGCGGGUGGCUUCGAAUGCUAGAAUCGAGUGUGACUCAGAGAAAGGCAAGUUAGAAGCGGGGUGGGCCUGCGGCCAAGGCGGGGCGGGGUUUGUGAGGCCUGAACCUGGUAAGGGCUUGGGGCUCGGAGGCUGGGCUGGAUGCCUGGGAGAAGUCUGUAUCCCGAAAAGGGACGGGGUUGGGGCGCGGGGAGGAGGCCAGGAGGAAGGCGGGGAUAAGCGCUGGGCGGGUUCGCCUGUCCGAGGUGUGGGCGUCACACCUACGCCUCGCAGGAGUUGACCGCUGUAU